AUGGCGACGACGUCGGUAUCAGAUACUUCAAAAAGUGGAACUCACUCAACCGGUAAAAGGCCUAUCACGGAUAUUCUCUCCGAGACAUUCCCGCCUUAUGACGACCAGGCGGAACUGGUGACGCCUUUUGACAAUGAAACGAAGCGGGACGCGGAGUUCCUGGAGAAGCUGAACUCCAUGUUACUCGAGCUCAUCAUCGAGUUCCACGCCUGGUCUUCGGCGCGCCCCAUGCACGAGAGUGACCAGAUGGCAGAUGUGCUGGAGAAAGAAAUUAAAGGCCUUAGGAAUAUAGAAUCAGAACAAGGCACGUCCUCCGCGCCCAUAUACUUCUCCAUCCCCUCCGCGUCCCCCUCCAAGACACGACAGCGUUUGUACGAAUUCAUCACCCGGAUCAAGCUUGCUCUGGCGGCUCUUACUGGACUCGCUUCUUGA